AUGCUUGAAUUCGUGGAACCUCGCAUGGGUUUUGUUUUCCGGGUGCACAAAAUAUUCCACUUCAGCCAUGAGGAAUUCACGGACCCUGAGCAGCCCAUUUCUCGGGCUGAUUUCGUUCCUGAAUCCCAGACCGAUUUGUGCCGCCGCGAAAGGCAUUUUGCCACCAUUCGAUUCGAGCAAUCUGCCAAAGUUGACGAAGAUACCUUGUGCAGUUUCGGGUCUGAGGUAUACAACGGAGCUCGUCCCUCCCUUUUGAUCCUUCUUGGGCCCUAUUGUGGUCUCAAACAUGAGGUUGAACGGGAACGGCUUGGACAGGUCGUUUCCUUGAGGCGACUUGAUGCCGUAUUGCUGUAUAAAACUGUCGACGUCCUCUAA